AUGGCCAUUAAAGAGGAAAUAGAGAAUGAUCAUGAUGGUGCGCCCGAAGAUGCAAGAGAACCACUUAUGCCCAAUAAUUUUUCUGAUGAAGAAGGAUCUGGCUCUCAACAUAGCAGCAGUACUGGUACUGCUUGGAUGGUUUACCUCAGCACAUUUUUUGCCGUUUUUGGUUCUCUUGAAGCUGGAUCUUGCGCAGGCUAUUCAUCACCAACUCAAAAUGCUUUAAGGAAAGAUCUGUCUUUGUCGGUAGCAGAGUAUUCUGUGUUUGGUUCCAUAUUGACAGUUGGUGCAAUGAUUGGUGCAAUUACAAGUGGACCAAUUGCUGAUUUAAUCGGACGGAAAGGGGCGAUGGGAAUUUCUAGCACCUUCUGUGUUGCAGGGUGGCUUGCCAUUUACUUUGCUAAGGACGCUUUGGCAUUGUACAUUGGAAGAUUGGCAACAGGAUACGCAAUGGGAGCAUUGUCCUUCUUGGUUCCUGUUUAUAUUGCUGAAAUUGCACCCGGAAACCUUAGAGGAAUAUUAACAGCUGCAACUCAGCUUAUGCUUGGUAUUGGAGUGUCUGGUGCGUUCAUAAUAGGGACAGUGCUGACAUGGAGGGUUUUGGCAUUGACUGGACUUAUCCCUUGUGCAAUUCUGCUUGUUGGCCUGUUCCUUAUUCCAGAGUCCCCCAGAUGGCUGGCAAAGAGGGGACGUGUAAAAGAGUUUGAAAGGACACUACAGAAACUUCGUGGCAAGGCCGUUGAUAUAUCUGACGAGGCUGCUGAAAUCAAGGAUUUUAUAAAAACUCUAGAACGGCUCCCAAAAGCCAAAUUGAUUGACUUAUUUCAAAGAAGACACCUGCCGUCAGUCAUUGUAAAUAUGCCUCUCCUUAGUCGAUUUUCGCCUACGGUUGGAACCAUAAGCUAUGCCAUCCUUCAGGUUGUGGUUGUUGCCUUCAGCACAACCAUAAUAGAUAAAAUUGGAAGAAAGCCUCUUUUACUGGUUUCUGCUUCAGGAUUGGUCCUCAGUUGCAUAAUAACAGGGCUUUCGUUCUAUCUGAAGGUUAAUGAAUUAGCACUCAAGUCAGUUCCCAUACUCGCUGUAACUGGCAUAUUGUUAUAUAUAGCAUCGUACGCAGCAGGAGUGGGUCCAAUUCCUUGGGUUUUGAUGUCGGAGAGUUUAGAAGAUAAUGCGGAUAGUGUUAGUCAUGUUUCGUUAGUUACGUCCCAUGUUCCUAGAGUUUAUGAGUUUCUUCUUUAG